CACUCUCCCUGCUGCGGACGCCGCCGGCCUAGCACUCCAACGGAGUUUCCAUGGAGACCGAGGCUGGGCCCGGGCGGCCUAGCGGCGUUGCCAUGGAGACAAGCCCCGGGCUGGGGCUCCGAAGCCCCGGCGCUCUGCGGGCUCAAAACCCCGCGGAGCCGCUGUGCGAGGCCGGAGCCGCAGUGGCGGCAGCACGCUGGGACCUGCGGAAACACUCUUUGCUCAUCGUGAUCGGUGAUAUCGGUACAGAGAGUCAGCUGAGGGCCGUGCGGGCCCACCUUGAACAAGGGAUUCUCUCCUGGAACAUUGACUUAUCAUCUUUUGACUUGAACCAACAAUUGAGACUCUUCAUCACCCGGCACCUAGCUCACUUCUCCUCAGAGGUCAAAGGCCAGAGGACCCUCUCCCACCAGAGUGAGAUCCUAGAGACCAUCAUCCUGGUAAACCCCAGUGCCGACAGCAUCAGCUCUGAGGUUCACCACCUCCUUAGCAGUCCAUCAGCUCACAAACUACUGAUAUUGAGUGGGCAAAGUUUAGAGCCUGGGGGAGACCUCAUCCUACAGAGUGGUACCUACUCUUAUCAAAACUUUGCCCAGGUCCUUCACAACCCAGAGAUUGCCCAAUUGCUCAGCAAUAGAGACCCUGGGAUCCAGGCCUUCCUCACUGUUUCCUGCUUAGGGGAGGGUGAUUGGAGCCACCUGGGCCUAUCCAGUGGCCAAGAGACCCUGCACCUCCAACUAAACCCUGAGCCCACGCUGCCCACCAUGGAUGCUGUGGCCGAGUUCUCCGAGUAUGUCUCUGAGACUGUGGAUGUGCCAUCUCCCUUUGACCUGCUAGAGCCCCCCACCUCAGGGGGCUUCCUCAAGCUCUCCAAGCCUUGCUGCUACAUCUUCCCUGGUGGCCGCGGAGACUCUGCCCUCUUUGCCGUCAACGGUUUCAACAUCUUGGUGGAUGGUGGUUCUGAUCGCAAGUCCUGCUUCUGGAAGCUGGUGCGGCACCUGGACCGCAUUGACUCGGUGCUGCUCACACACAUCGGAGCAGACAACCUCCCAGGCAUCAAUGGGCUCCUGCAGCGCAAAGUGGCAGAACUGGAGGAGGAGCAGUCACAGGGCUCUAGCAGCUACAGCGACUGGGUGAAGAACCUCAUCUCCCCCGAGCUUGGAGUUGUCUUCUUCAACGUGCCAGAUAAGCUGCGGCUGCCUGAUGCCUCCCGAAAAGCCAAGCGCAGCAUUGAGGAGGCCUGCCUCACUCUGCAACACCUAAACCGCCUGGGCAUCCAGGCCGAACCUCUGUACCGUGUGGUCAGCAACACCAUUGAGCCUCUGACCCUCUUCCACAAGAUGGGUGUGGGCCGCCUGGACAUGUACGUCCUCAACCCUGUCAAGGACAGCAAAGAGAUGCAGUUCCUCAUGCAAAAGUGGGCAGGCAAUAGUAAAGCUAAGACAGGCAUUGUGCUGGCUAAUGGGAAGGAGGCUGAGAUCUCGGUGCCCUACCUGACCUCUAUCACUGCUCUGGUGGUUUGGCUACCAGCCAACCCCACUGAGAAGAUUGUACGUGUGCUUUUUCCAGGGAAUGCUCCCCAGAACAAGAUCUUGGAGGGCCUAGAAAAGCUUCGGCACCUAGACUUCCUGCGGUACCCUGUGGCGACACAGAAGGACUUGGCCUCUGGCGCUGUGCCUGCCAACCUCAAACCUAGCAAAAUCAAACAGAGGGCUGACAGCAAGGAGAGCCUCAAGGCCACUGCCAAGACAGCUGUGAGCAAGCUGGCCAAACGGGAGGAGGUAGCCGAAGAGGGAGCCAAGGAAGCCCGUUCAGAACUGGCCAAGGAGUUAGCCAAGACAGAGAAAAAAGUAAAGGAGUCAUCUGAGAAGCCCCCAGAGAAGCCUACCAAACCUGAGAGGGUGAGGACUGAGUCGAGUGAGGCCCUGAAGGCAGAGAAGCGAAAGCUGAUCAAAGACAAGGUGGGGAAGAAGCACCUGAAAGAAAAGAUAUCAAAGCUGGAAGAGAAAAAAGACAAAGAGAAAAAAGAGAUCAAGAAGGAGAGAAAGGAGCUCAAGAAGGAUGAAGGAAGGAAGGAGGAGAAGAAGGAUGCCAAAAAGGAGGAGAAGAGGAAAGAUACCAAACCUGAGGUCAAGAAAAUUUCCAAGCCAGACCUGAAGCCCUUUACCCCUGAGGUGCGUAAGACCCUCUACAAAGCCAAGGCCCCUGGCAGGGUCAAAAUGGACAAGAGUCGGGCUGCUCGUGCAGAGAAAGAGCUGUCUUCUGAGCCCCAGACACCCCCAGCCCAGAAGGGGGCUGUACCACCCCCAAUAGUCAGUGGGCACAGGGAACUAGCUCUGUCUUCACCAGAGGACCUCACACAAGACUUUGAGGAGAUGAAGCGUGAGGAGAGGGGGUUGCUGGCUGAACAAAGGGACAUAGGACUAGGAGAGAAACCACUCCCUCCAGACACUGCAGAGGAGCAAGCCCCGAGCACAAAUGGCCAGGGGAUACCACCCUCUGUCCCAGGGCUGGAACAAGAAGAGCCUAUGAUGAAGGAGAGAGAGGUUGUCUCAGACAUCCCUGAAGAACAAGGCGGUAAGGAUAGAGGCCCAGACUCAGGGGCUGAAACAGAGGAAGAGAAAGAUACCUGGGAGGAAAAGAAGCAGAAGGAAACAGACAGGCUCCCUGAUAGAACAGAAGCCAGAGAGGAAAGUGAACCCGAGGUAAAGGAGGAUGUGAUAGAGAAGGCCGAGUUAGAAGAAAUGGAGGAGUUGCACCCUUCAGAUGAGGAGGAAGAAGAAGAGACAAAGGCUGAGGGUUUUUACCAAAAACAUAUGCAGGAAGGCUUGAAGGCAACACCAAGGGGCAGGGAGGCCCUCGAGGGCCGGGAAGUAGGACUCCAGGGCAAGGCUCCUGAGAAGGAGACCUCGUCAUUCCUAAGCAGCCUAGCCACACCUGCAGGAGCCACUGAGCAUGUCUCUUACAUCCAGGACGAAACAAUCCCUGGCUACUCAGAGACAGAGCAGACCAUCUCAGAUGAGGAGAUUCAUGACGAGCCAGAGGAGCGCCCAGCUCCACCUAGAUUUCCUACAAGUACAUAUGACCUCCCUGGGCCUGAAGGUCCCGGCUCCUUUGAGGUUAGCCAGCCUACAGACAGUGCUGUCCCUGCUGCCUCCAGCAAAGGCUACGGAGCGCCAGAGACUGAACUCACCUAUCCCCCCAACAUGGUGGCUGCCCCUCUGGCUGAAGAGGAGCACGUGUCCUCGGCCACCUCAAUCACUGAGUGCGACAAGCUUUCUUCCUUUGCCACAUCCGUGGCUGAGGACCAGUCUGUGGCUUCACUCACAGCUCCCCAGACAGAGGAGACGGGCAAGAGCUCCCUGCUGCUUGACACAGUCACAAGCAUCCCCUCAUCCCGCACUGAAGCCACUCAGGGCUUGGACUAUGUGCCAUCAGCUGGAACCAUCUCACCCACCUCCUCCCUGGAAGAAGACAAGUGCUUCAAAUCACCACCCUGUGAGGAUUUCUCUGUGACUGGGGAGUCAGAGAAGAAAGGAGAGAUUGUAGGGAGAGGUUUGCCUGGAGAGAAAGCCGUGGGAGAGGAAGAAGAGGAGACCACAAAUGUAGAGAUGUCUGAGAAACUUCCUAGUCAAUUUGGAGCCCCGAUGUUUGGUGCCCCUGGGCAUACCCUACAUCCAGGGGAACCAGUCCUUGGAGAACUGGAGGAGCGCUGCCUCAGCCCGGAUGAUAGCACAGUGAAGAUGGCCUCUCCUCCACCAUCUGGCCCACCCAGUGCCACCCACACACCCUUUCAUCAGUCCCCAGUGGAAGAAAAGUCUGAGCCCCAAGACUUUCAGGAAGCAGGCUCUUGGGGAGGAACUAGGCAUGCACCAGGUGAGGGCAAGGAAGAUGCUACAGAGCAGAUAGUUAAGCCCGGGCCUGAAGAGGUCACACUAGAGGAGGAGGGAAAAGUGCCUCCUCCCAGGAGCCCGUAUGCCCAGGAAACACCUGUCAGCAUCGUUGGGGGACAUACAGGCUGCACUAUCGAACUGUUACCAGAACAGGACAAAGCAAUAGUCUUUGAGAGUGUGGAGGCAAGAGAGCCCACAGGCCCAAUUCUGGGAACAGAAAUCCUUCCCAGAGAUUUGAGAACAUCACUCCAAGAACCUGGUGAAACUCAGAAAGAUGAGGUGCUCCAAUUUCCUGACCAAAGCCUCUCCCCUGAAGAUGCAGAGUCCGUAUCUGUACUCAGUGUGGUCUCCCCAGACACAGCCAACCAAGAAACCAUCCCCAGGUCUCCAUGUGACCUGACAGAGCAGCAGCUACACAAAGCCCUUUGGCCAGAGGUAUCUCCAGAAGACACCCAGUCACUUUCUCUCUCAGAAGAGAGUCCCAGCAAGGAGACCUCUCUCGAUAUCUCUUCUAAGCAGCUCUCUCCAGAAAACCUUGGCACCCUCCAGUUUGGGGAACUAAGCCUUGGAAAGGAAGAAAAGGGGCCUCUGAUGCAGGCUGAGGACACCUCUCACCACGUAGUGCCUGCAUCUAUUCCAGAACCCCGUGCAUCCACAGUGUCACCUCCCACAGAUGGGACCACUGCAUAUCCUGCUCUGGCAGACAUCACAGAUGAGAGCCCUGAUGGAAAAUUACCUGCCAGCCCCUUCUUUCAUUCUACAUUGUUGGGAGAUGGGAAGCACUCACCUGGUGUGAUCAGCAGCCCUGGUGAACACAUUCUGACACCUGAUAGCUCCCUCACCAAGAGUCCUGAGUCUUUGCCAAGCCCUGCCAUGGAGGGCAUUGCCAUGGAGUGGGAAGGUAAAGUUCCAGAGGUGAAAGACAGAACCCCAGAGCAGAGGGACAAGGGACCUGAACCAAAAGAUGAAGUCCUACAGCAGGACAAAACUCUGGAGCAGAAGGAUAUUGUUGUAGAGCAAAGGGAUACAGCCAUUAGUCAGAAAGAUAAGGCUCUGGAAGAAAAGAACAAGGCUGUAGAACAGCAAGAUGAGGCUUUAGAACAAAAAGGCAGAGACUUAGAACAAAGGGUCACAGUCCUGGGACACCAGGACAAGGCCCUGGAACCAAAAGACAAAGACUUAGAACAAAAAGACAAGGUUCUGGAACAGAAGGACAAGAUCCUAGAAGAAAAAGAUGAAACCUUAGAACAAAAAGUCAGAGACGUUGAACAUAAAGACAAACCUCCAGAGGACAAGGUCUCUGAACCAAAGGGCAAGGCCUUAGGACAGACAGACGAAGCCCCUGAACAGAAGGACAAGGCUCAUGGACAGAAGGAUAAGACCUUAGAACAAAAAGACAUAGACUUGGAACAAAAAGGCAAGGCCCAAGAACAGCAGGACGAGGCCUUGGAAAAGAAGGAGGAGGCCUUAGAACAAAAAUACUGGGCCUUGGGACAGAAGGCUGAAGCCCUGGAACAAAACAAUAAGGCUGUUGAAGAGAAAGAUAAGGCUCUGGAAGACAAGGACAAAACUCAGGAGCAGGAGAGCCCAGUGCAGGAGGAUAAAACCGUGAAACCAAAAGAGAAGGUCCUAGAGGAAAAAUCUCCAGAAAAAAUUGAGGCUGUACAACAGAAGGAAGCAGCUCUGCUAGAGCAGACCAAAGCUCUCGGUCUGGAAGAGAGCCCAGUGCAGGAGGACAAGGCCCAGGAUCAGGGAGAGAAGUACUGGAAGGAGCAGGAUGUGGUCCAGGAGUGGCAAGAAACAUCUCCAUCCAGAGGGGAGCCAGUUGGAGAACAGAAGGGGCCUGCCCGGACAUGGGAGGACACAUCUCCUGAGCAGGAGGACAGGUACUGGAGGGGCAGAGAGGAUGUGGCCCUAGAACAGGACCCAUACUGGAGGGAGCUGAGCUGUGAGCGCAAGGUGUGGUUUCCUCAUGAGCUGGAUGGCCCGGGGGCCCGGCCACGGUACACAGAGGAGCGGGAGAGCACUUUCCUUGAUGAAGGGCCAGACGAUGAACAAGUGCCCCCACUGGAACACACGCCCCAGAGCCCCUGGGCCUCAGACUUCAAGGGUUUCCAGGAGUCCUCACCACAGAAGGGGCUGGAGGUGGAACGCUGGCUUGCUGAGUCACCAGUUGGGCUGCCACCAGAGGAAGAGGACAAGCUGACCCGCUCCCCUUUUGAGAUCAUCUCUCCUCCGGCCUCCCCACCUGAGAUGGUAGGACAGAGGGUUCCUCCAGCCCCAGGACGAGAAAGCCCUAUCCCAGAGCCUGAGCCCAUGCCACCUGUGAGGAACGAGCCCACCACCCCCUCGUGGCUGGCUGACAUCCCACCAUGGGUGCCCAAGGACAGAACCCUGCCCCCUGCACCCCUCUCCCCAGCUCCAGCUCCCCCCACACCUGCCCCAGAACCACACACUCCUGCGCCCUUCUCCUGGGGCACAACUGAGUAUGACAGUGUGGUGGCUGCAGUGCAGGAAGCAGCAGCGGAGUUGGAAGGUGGGCCAUACUCCCCCUUGGGGAAGGACUACCGCAAGGCUGAAGGGGAAAGGGAAGAAGAAGGUGGAGCUGGGGCUCCUGGCAGCCACCCUCAAAGCUCAAAGGUCCCAGAGGCCAGCGAGAGCCAUGCCACCAAGGAGCCUGAGCAGAUGGAGCCCGAGCAGAGAGAGCCCACACCCUAUCCUGAUGAGAGAAGCUUUCAGUACGCAGACAUCUAUGAGCAGAUGAUGCUUACCGGGCUUGGCCCUGCUUGCCCCACUAGAGAACCUCCACUUGGGGCAGCUGGGGAUUGGCCCCCACGCAUCUCAGCCAAGGAGGAGGCUGCUGGCCGAAAUCCAUCUGCAGAGAAGGAGCUUUCAUCUCCUGUCUCACCCAAGAGUCUCCAAUCUGACACCCCAACCUUUAGCUAUGCAGCCCUGGCGGGACCCACUCUACCCCCCAGGCAGGAGCCUGAGCCAGGGCCGAGUGGGGAGCCCAGCCUUACCCCACCUGCAGUGCCCCCCCGUGUUCCUAUCCCCCUGAGCAAAGGCCCAAGCCCCGCUCUUAAUGGUAAUAUUCUGAGAUGUAGCCCAGAUAGGAGAACCCCAUCCCCCAAGGAAUCAGGCCAGGGUCACUGGGAUGACAGCACUAGUGACUCAGAGCUGGAGAAGGGGGCUCGGGAACAGCCAGAGAAAGCGGCCCAAUCCCCAAGUCCCCCUCACCCCAUCUCUGCAGGGUCCCCCACAUUGUGGCCUGAAAGUGAGGCACAGACCAGCCCUCCCUCGGACUCACCCCUGGGUCCUGCCCGACCCAGCCUGGACUUCCCUGCUUCAGCCUUUGGCUUCUCCUCAUUGCAGCCAGCUCCCCCACAACUGCCCUCUCCUGCUGAACCCCGCUCGGCACCCUGUGGCUCCCUCGCCUUCUCUGGGGACCGAGCUCUGGCCCUGGCUCCAGGGCCCCCCACCAGAGCCCGGCAUGAUGAGUACCUAGAAGUGGCCAAGGCGCCCAGCCUGGACUCCUCACUGCCCCAGCUCCCAUCACCCAGCUCUCCUGGGGCCCCUCUCCUCUCCAGUCUGCCACGACCUGCUUCACCAGCCCUGUCUGAAGGCUCCUCCUCUGAAGCCACCACACCUGUGAUUUCGAGUGUGGCUGAGCACUUCCCUCCUGGCCUGGAGGCUGCAGAACGGGGGUCUGGAGAGCUGGUCCCAGGAAUGGAACCAGCUGCCCACAGCCUCUGGGACCUCACUCCUCUGAGCCCAGCACCCCCAGCUUCCCUGGACUUGGCCCCAGCUCCAGCUCCAAGCUUGCCUGGAGACAUGGAUGAUAGCACUCUGCCCUGCCGCCUGGAGUGCACAGGGGCCCCCACCAAGAAGCCAAGCCCCUCCGAGAGUCCCUCUGGGGAUUGUGCCGCCAAUGGCCCAACUGAAACCAGCCCCAACCCCCCAGGCCCUGCUCUGGCCAAGGCUGAGAAAGAAGCAGCUGAGACCUGCCUUGCCUGGGAACGUGGGGACUGGCCUGAGGGAGCGGAGAGGAGUUCCCGGCCUGACACACUCCUCUCCCCUGAGCAGCCACUGUGCCCUGGAGGGGCUUCUGGAGGCCAACCCAGAAGUGGCUCCCCUGAGGUUGAGGCUGGGCCCCAGGGAUGUGCUGCUGAGCCCUGGCCCCACCGCGGGGACCUCUCCCCAUCCUUUCUGAACCCACCUCUGCCCCAGUCCACAGAUGAAGGUGACCUCUCAACUGAAGAAGCUCGGCUAGUAGGGAGAGGGGGGCGGCGCCGGGCAGGGGGCCCAGGGGCCACAGGGGGCCCAUGCCCUGUGGCUGAUGAGACGCCUCCAACAUCAGCCAGUGACUCAGGCUCCUCACAAUCAGAUUCUGAUGUUCCACCAGAAACUGAGGAGUGCCCAUCCAUCACAGCUGAGGCAGCCCUCGACUCAGAUGAAGAUGGGGACUUCCUGCCUGUGGACAAAGCUGGGGGGGUCAGUGGAACUCACCAUCCCAGGCCUGGCCAUGACCCACCCCCUAUCCCUCAACCAGACCCCCGCCCAUCCCCUCCUCGCCCUGACGUGUGCAUGGCUGACCCUGAGGGGCUCAGCUCAGAAUCUGGGAGGGUAGAAAAGCUACGGGAGAAGGAGAAGGCACAGGGGAGAGUAGGGCGCAGGGCCCCAGGCAGGGCCAAGCCAGCAUCUCCUGCCCGGCGUCUGGAUCUUCGGGGGAAACGCUCACCCACCCCUGGUAAAGGGCCUGCAGAUCGAGCAUCCCGGGUCGCACCCCGACCACGCAACACUCCAAGCCAGGUCACCCCAGCAGAGGAAAAGGAUGGACACAGCCCCAUGUCCAAAGGCCUAGUCAAUGGACUCAAAACAGGACCAUCGGCCUUGGGUUCCAAGGGCGGCUCUGGCUCCCCCGUAUACGUGGAUCUCGCCUAUAUCCCGAAUCAUUGCAGUGGCAAGACUGCUGACCUUGACUUCUUCCGUCGAGUGCGUGCAUCCUACUAUGUGGUCAGUGGGAAUGACCCUGUCAAUGGCGAGCCGAGCCGGGCUGUGCUGGAUGCAUUGCUGGAGGGCAAGGCCCAGUGGGGGGAGAAUCUUCAGGUGACGCUGAUCCCUACUCAUGACACAGAGGUGACUCGCGAGUGGUACCAGCAGACUCAUGAGCAGCAGCAACAACUGAACGUCCUGGUCCUGGCUAGCAGCAGCACCGUGGUCAUGCAGGAUGAAUCCUUCCCAGCCUGCAAGAUUGAGUUCUGAAAGAACCACUCUCCUUUCCCCAAGGAUCUGCUCCCCCAGCUCCCUUAGAGAAUGGCUAUUGCUGAGUCCUUUGGGGUUGAGGGACGUGGGAGCUGGGGUGGGGGAGACAGGGGACAGGAUGUCUUUCUUAUUGUGGGAAGUUGGGCUGGGCUAAAUGCAGGGGUUGUCCCUCCCCCUCAUCCAUACCUGAGAGGAGUUUCAAAACCAAAGGCAACAGGGAGAGGAUAGAAGGAGGGUAAAAAUUAGAUCAUCUGACGCCUGAGAACCCUGGAGUGACCCCUUCUCCUAACACUACCAAGUGUUUGUAUUGGGUGGGAAGUAAGGAUGGGUCUCAGCAACCUCCUCCCUCAUGGAGUGAGAUCAUAUCCCCAAACCCAGGGACCUCUUUAUCUCUAUUUAGCAUUCUAAGGAAGGAUCUCCAGUAGUAAUUUAUGUGAUCCGAGGGCAGGAUUCUGUCAGUGAGGUGCCCAGAGCUGCGCCCUUUCCUCCAUCUCCCAUACUCUUACCCACCAGGGUCUGGGUUCCAGCAGGGGUCCAGGGGUACACUGCUGCUACACUGUCCCACUGCUUCCCUCCAUAUCUGAAUGUCUCAAUCCAAAACUUGAAGCUCUUUUGACCAAUAGACUGGUGAGAGAAGAAAGUUACUUAUCCUCCCAGCCCCUGCUUCAUAUCAUUCACAUCCCAGAGCUGUGCCCAGACCAGGCCUAUUGGGCAGCACAAAGGGGCAAGGAGAGCCCAGCCCCAAUCCCAGAAUUCUUCCAAGCUCCCUGACCUUUUGAAGUUUUCACCCACCCAUUCCAAUUAUCCUCAUCCCUUGUCAUCCCCUGCUUGGCUUCUCUGCAUGUGGUCAUCUGCUGUGGCCUGGUGUGUAAUGGGUUAAAAAUAAGCCACUGCCUGACAUCCCAACAUUUGACACCCCAGCAACGUGUGACUCCCCCAACAUUCCACUAUGCCAUCCUGCAGCUGAAAUGGGAACAUUGGCUGCCUUUCCAGCCCCAAACUCUUGGACAGAGGAUCUGGGAGGUAGAAGCCAUGCCAGAGAACUUGGGGAAAAUGAGAGGGAGGAAGGGAAGAAGGAGACAAAGCUGAGCUAAAGCUGAACUCCUACUGAAUAAGACGAAAACAGGCUGGAAAAAAAAAUACCCCAGGAGAGGACCUCUCCCCAAGUAAGCCAAUGAGCAGCCCUGCCAGACUACUGCCGGACUGAGAAAUCCAGACGCUCGUCAGGGCUCGGCUUCUCUGCCAAAUGACUGUGUGGAAACCAAAAUGAGCCGGCCUGUGUUCUUCCUAGCUCCCACCCUCCCCGUGCUGCUGUGCUCUGCUCCUCCCCACACUUCCCUGCUAUAGUUCCCAGCUGCUGUAAUGGAGCCGCCUCCAACUCUAACAAUAAAUUCAAGUUCAUUACAGAUGCUGUAGUGCUGCUUAAGCUUUUUCUGACUACACAGUGCUUAGUUGCUGGGCCUUGGCUUCUACCUCUCUGCUUCUCCCAGCACUGUCAUUUAUCUCAAUGUCUUUGAUAACUGGAAGCAGCUCCAGGACCCAAGGAGGCCAGAGAACAUAGGGCGGAUAAAGGGAGAAAAAGAUACAGGGAGCCAGCCUAAUUUCUGAAAAUGAGAACGCCAGAGUAUGAGGAAGAGGGGCCUAGGAUGGAGAGAUACAUUUGGUUUGGGGGAGGGAAGAGGGGCAGGGUUUCUGGGAAGGGGAUCUACAUACUUUGGGGUCAAGAGCCAAGGACUGAAUAACCAGCAUUAGAAACCUGGAAUAAGGGAACGCCAAAGAGGCAAAGAGUUGAGAAGCCCUAAGAGAUCCAGAGCCUAUUGAGGUUGUAAAGAGCACUCACCUGUGCAGUUAGGAGUUCCACUGAGUAAAUGCUGGAUUUUGCCCUGCAGGGAAACCCUUUAUAGUCCUGGUUAUGUCAGGAGAGGCCAGGUUGUGAAUGUAAAUAUAUGGGAAAGGAGAUAUUCCAGUCCUCCCAGUGUUCUGGGCUUGCCCAAUGUAAAUAUGUCAAGGAGGCAAAGAAAGACCAUAACCCCUUUAUAUCAACUCCUCCUAACACUCCAAAGCAUCAGAGUGAAAAACUAAGAGGGUGAUUCCAAGAAUCUGGUGAGAAGGCAAGCACCCAGUGGUGCUUCACAGAGCUAGAAAGUCUAUCUCCCACAAUACUACUCAUUGAAGACAAUUUGGGAUGGUGGGCUGACUGCCACUGGGACCUCCUAGGAUGCCUGAUUAUUUUAUAGUCCCUUUCCACUCAACUACAACAGCUUUUGACUGGUUCAGAUUAAUUUAGUCACAAACAGACAUGAUGGAUUUAUACUCAUUCAUUCUUGAAUUCACAAGGACAUCAUCACCACCAUCACCAUUCUUAUUAUUUCAUAUUUAUUGAGCACUCAUAAUGUUCCGGCCACCCCACUCCAAUGACUGCAUUAUUCCUCCUACCCACACCCAUGCCCAUCCCCAUAUCUUUGGGAAAAGCUUCAUAAUCACACCUGACCCUAAAGACACAAUGAUAAAAGGACAUACCUCUUGGGAAACCUGGAGUGUUUGGUCUUUGGCCAGUCUGUCCCUGGCACUACUACAGAAAUAUAUAUAAUCUUUGCUCAUGUCUGUACAAUAUUGAUCUCUGCUGAUUGCUUAAAAUAGAACCUGAUUUUCUCUACUACAUCAUCUCUUAAGCCAAGUAGCCCUACAACAAAAGGAGGCCCAGCUUCACAGAUUGGCCAAGUACCCCCAGAGCAUUUUAAGUAGUUACUCUUAAAUUUUCACAGCAAUCUAAUACCUACUUUUCCCUGGAGCUAUUGCCCAGGGGAACAGGUCUGGGGCAGAGGGGGAACUUGGGAUGACAUAUAAAACACCCAUAAGCCCAAUCUAAAGAUUAGUGGCCACAAUGGAUGUUUGGGAAGGGGACUCGCUUUUUUCCCAAACAUUUCAGACAGACAUCCUGGGCCCUCCUGAGGAGUGCUAGCAAACACAAGAGUCCUCCUGAAUGCACAUAUGGUCUAAGGGUACCUUGUGAAGUUGUGAAUAUUUCCCCAGAAAAGUGGAGACCUUGGAGUCCCCUUUUGCACUUGCUGUCCCCAGAUGGUGUCUUCAGCAGUUAGGUGGCAUUUCCUUUAACAAUCUGGAAUUUCCUGGGAUGCUCAGAGGAGGUUGGGUAAUGAUAGAUCAGCCCACCCCUUGAUGGAAAUCCUAUUCAAGUCUAAUGGCCACGUGAGGAGUCAAUGGCUGCUUUGAACAUGAAAUCGGUUCCUUCUCAAGCCCAGCUCUGGCACAGUUCUUGGCUUCAUGCCAAGAGGACUGCUUCCUCAGACACCUCUGGUGAGAUCCAAGGUCUUAUACUGGCAGGUGAGUUAGCCAACAGAAGAAGUUGCUAGCUCAAAUAGCUGGUUUAGUGUGAUACCACUAAUGAGAACAUGAUUAAUCACAUGUUGCUGGUGGGAGGGGUGAGUAUUGGUCACCAACUAAAGACUGGCUCUGAGGGUUUGGAUCACUAGAUGGAUACUGGGCUUGGGGAGUAUCCUCUCCAGGCAGCUGGUCAGUCACCUCAGGGACCACCCAGGACUGCUGAUUAUCAACCUCAGGGACUUCCUGAACCUGCAGAUCAUCCUCCCCCGGAAACUCUUGGGAUGGUUUAUCAACCUCAGGAAUGUCCUGAGACAAUAGAUUGACUGCAGAAGCCUCUAGGGCCAGCCUGCCAACCUCUGCAAAGAACUCCUGGCAUGGCUGGCUGAGCUCCUCAGGGGUCUCUUGGGCUGGCUUGCCACCUUCCACAUGGAUUUCCUGGACCAGGCCACCAAUCCCUACAGGGAACCCAUAAGCCAGCCUGCCAACCUCCACAGGGACCUCCUGGGAUGGCUGGCUGACCUCCUCAGGGUUCUCCUGGCAAAGUUGGCAAGCUUCCGCAGAGAUUUUCUGGCACAGUUGGCUCGCCUUCUGGCAUGGCUGAUGGAUCUGAGGAACCUCCUGACAUAUCUGGUCAAUGUUGUCAUGGUUCUCCUGGCAUGGCUGGCUGAUGUCAGGGACCUCCUGGCAUGGCUGGCUGAUGUCAGGAACCUCCUGGCAUGGCUGGCUGGUUUCCACAGGUGGUUCCUGUGAAGCCUGGCUUGGUUCAAAAGGCCCUUGCACCCCUUCAAUGGGGAGCUCUUGUUCUCCAUUCCUAAGGAGCAUCCCAAGGCUUUGACGUUCUUCAGUCAUGUGUGAACUUACAGAAGGCUGAUCACUGAAGCCAAAAGGGCAGUUACCAUCCACUGCAGUGGGGGAGGAAGGACCAGCACUGGACACAGUGCUGGAAGGGCCACUGCUGUCUGUAAAACAAAGUCAGGAGACCAAGUCAGGCAAGCUGGAAGAGUAGGCUCUAUUCAAUGUAUGUAGUUCAAAUGCCAGAAUAUACAGACUUGAGGAAAGAGGGUCUGAAUUCUUCCUAAGCUAUGCAGAGACUGCUCAAUUAGCCCAGCUCAGGAACUGUUGCUCUGACCUAAUGUAUACUACAGGAGUACACAGGAGCACUAAGGUACAUCUAAGACUUCAGGAGAGUGAUGAGGCCCACUUCAUCCAGUUCUUUCACAAAUGUACCCCCAACCCAACUCUGAAUUCCCAAGGUCAUUUGGGAGCAUACCAAUGCUGUAAUCCAGUGGUUCAUAAUUAAGGGUAUAUAUCAAAAGUAUGGGAUAUUUUUUAAAAAUACAAAUUUCUAGGUUCCAUCUCUAGAGAUUCUAAUUCUGUAGGUUAGUGUAAACGUGAGGGGUGGAGAGGGAAUGAGGUCACUGUAUUUUGUUGAAACACUCCCAAUUAAAUCUGAUGUACAUCUUUUGUUAACAAUCAUUUCUUUAAAGCAGUCAACAUAUUUCUGGGGCAAAGGUAAUCAUUGUUUAUAGCCCAGGAGACAAUUAAGCAGGAGAAUGUAGAAAAAUCUUAUGAAUGAGAACAGUAGGAAGGAAAAUCGCCUUAAGAUGGAAGGCUGCCAUGGAAUCUCUAAAUGGCAGAGGUUCAUAAUUAACCUUCCUGGGGGUCACUGAACCCUUUGAAACUCUAAUGACAGUCAUGGACUAUCUUCUCAGAAAAAUAUACAUAUGGAUAUUCACACUAAUCUUCAUAAACAAUUCCUGGGAUUCAAAGACUUUACCCUGAAAUCCAUCCCUGGAUCCAAGGUUAAGACCUAAGUCUUGGGACACACAAUGUUAUAGGCUUGUGGAUGUUAUAGACAUAUACAACAUAAAAAUUAAUUACCCCACUACUGACAGUAAUAAAAUGAAGGGCUUAGAGUCUUCAAUACACUGUGGGACAAUUCCUACCCCAAUCUCUACUACUUCAUUGACCUCUAGUAGGGGACUAAUCUACUUUUCUUUUUGUAAAUGUA